AUGGCGUCGUCGGCAGUCUCCGUCGUCUGCGUGGGCAUGGCUGGCUCAGGCAAGACGACCUUCAUGCAGCGGAUCAACUCCCACCUCCACUCAAAGAACAAAGUGCCCUACGUCCUUAACCUCGACCCCGCAGUCCACUCUGUACCAUUUGAGAGCAAUAUCGAUAUCCGCGAUUCAAUCAACUACAAAGAAGUGAUGAAGCAAUACAAUCUCGGACCGAACGGAGGAAUCUUGACAUCUCUGAAUCUAUUCGCGACAAAGGUUGACCAAAUUAUCGCUCUGCUCGAGAAGCGCACUGCCCCGAAUCCGGAAAAUCCCACCAAAAAGAUCGAGCAUAUUCUGGUCGACACACCCGGCCAGAUCGAGGUAUUUGUCUGGAGUGCCUCCGGAAGUAUUCUUCUCGAGACCCUUGCGUCAUCAUUUCCCACGGUCAUUGCAUAUGUCAUCGACACUCCUCGUGCUAGCUCCACCAGCACUUUCAUGAGUAAUAUGCUUUAUGCUUGCAGUAUUUUGUACAAGACCAAGCUUCCGAUGAUCUUGGUGUUCAACAAGACCGAUGUAAAGGAUGCAGAGUUUGCGAAAGAGUGGAUGACGGACUUUGACAAAUUUCAAGAAGCUCUACGACAAGAAGAAGAAUCCGGUGCCUUCGGAGGGGAGGGCAGCGUUGGUGGAUUCGGUGCGGGUAGCGGAUAUAUGGGAUCAUUGUUGAACAGCAUGAGUUUGAUGCUGGAAGAGUUCUAUCGCCAUCUGAACGUUAUCGGGGUCAGUUCCAUGACUGGCGACGGUAUCGACGAGUUCUUCGAGGCCGUGGAAACGAAGAAGCAAGAAUUCGAGCGCGACUACAAGCCUGAGCUUGAACGCAAGAAGAAGGAGCGUGAGGAGUCCAAGGAUUCACAGCGGGAAAUCGAGCUUGGUAAGUUGAUGAAGGACAUGCAUGUCUCUGGGUCUGCACGCCGCGGGCCCGAGGGACCUGAGACUGUUAGCGAAGCGGAGGAUGACGAAGACGACAUCAUCAAGCGAGGUCUGGCUGAUGGCGAGGACGACAGCGAAGAAGAGUACGGCGCCGACCCUGAUGAUGGGGAUGACGAAGGUCUUUCUGCUCGUUACAAGCAAGCUCUUUCAGGCUCAAGCUCCCAGGGUCCAGCCACUGAAGCGGAUAACAGUUUCAUGCGCUACCUACGUGCCAAUCAAAUGGGCCACUGA